AUGCAGAAUGACAGUUUUCAAAGCACACACGAGCUGCUGCAUAAAAUAGUUUAUGCAGAGAAAAAAGUGUCUAAACAGCAAAUCAAAAACAUCAACAUCAGCCUAGUUAUUGAAGAUUGUGUGGCGGAAACAAUAGCCCUCAAGCAAGUGUCUAUUAUUAUUCUAGCACUUUCCAAGAUUCUAAAUAGAAGAUUCAAGGCCUUAGCAGAAGACUGCGGAAAUUUUCUUCAUCUCCUGGCAACGAAGAAGGCUAAUAGAGUACCAUCCUCCAGAAAUAUUACGCUUAAUGUUGAGACUACAGGAAUAUGCAUUGAUGAUGAGAUGGUCGAUUUAGAGCGAGAAGAUGUUAUAGAAGCAAUUGAGACAUCUGCAUUUGCUGAUAGACUUGAAAGCAUUGGGCUUGAUAUGGAUUUUAGAGAGGCACCAAGCAUAGAACAAGCAAGAGACAGCACUGUUGUAUCUGGGCCGCUGUCUGUUAUGGAUGAAACAGGCAUUACUGUUGCUGUAAAGAGAAGAAGGAUGAUUGAAGAUAGGACAAUUGAGAUAUCCGAGACUAUUUUCAAAGGAAAUCUAAGAAAUGUUUCUGAUCUACUAAGAAGAGAGCAAGUUGUACCUGAGAAUAUAUUUGAAUCAAGUAUUUGGAUAGAUCCAAGAGUUGAAAAGUUAUUUGAAAAGAUAGCAGCAGAGAGAUCUGUUGUCGAAAGAAGUGCAAUCGAAGAACAGAGACACGCAUCUGUGGGAUUUGAAAUGGAAGCACCUGAUUUUUCAUUUUAUCCGGUUGAAGAAGCCAAACCUCAGAAAGAAGAGAUACCCAGUGUUAUUUUUGAUAUUUCCACCCUUCCUGACACUUUUGUAUUUAAUUCCAUUGUACAGUACUACAACAUAGUCGAUAAGGCAUCUUCUUUUAUAUCACUGCUAGUUCAUGCUACACACGGCAGAAUUACUGCUUCACAAAGUGUGCCUUUUGGAAGCAUUGAAUGUAGGAUAGUAAAACGAGAACUGCAAUAA